AUGUUUAACGGUGUUUCGAGCGGAACCACUACUCCUUUGGUUAAUACACCAAAAAGUACUCCCUCUACACCUGCUGGUUCUUCAUCAUCGUUUGGAGGAAAUAUCUUCUCAAACGGUUUAAAUAUAUUAGGAUCCAAUGCAACGGAACAACAGACAACACCAAGUAUCAACAGAUCAAAAGGGAUUAAUGCUUGGCAGGUUUGUCCUGGUUCUAUUAAUCCCUAUCCUCAAGCUUUUACAUGGUCAACAUUUAUGGGUGAUGAAGUGAUUGCUUUUGCAAGCGGAAGACAUGUUAUGGUUUAUUGUGGAAAUAGUUUUGUUCAAUUAUUGGAUGGUCAUGAUGAAACUAUUACCAGCGUAAAAUGGAGUAAUCUUCAUGGAAGAAUUGCUGCUUGCUCAAGAGGAAAAAUUGUUAUUUAUUCUCCAGUUGAAGAUGAGGUUGACAAUGGUGCCUUGAAAAAGAGCCCUUCUUGGAUUGUUGAACAGGUUAUUAACUCAACAGAUGAAUUCGAAUGCAUGGAUUGGAAUUUUUAUGGUGAUAGACUAAUUGUUGGUGGAAAAACUACAAUGAUUUUUGAAGGAAAACCUAUUCUAGGAAAUCAAGUUUAUAAAUGGAAUAUGGUUUGGAAAUAUGACAAUCCAACUCCAAUUUACUUAGUUGCAUAUUCACCAGAUGAAAAAUAUUUUGCAACAGUGUCCAAGUUUGAUCGUCUUGUAAAGGUUUGGUAUAGAAACAAACCUCAAGUCAGAGUAUCAUUAUUUACUCCAGUAAUUACUAUUGUAGAUCCAAAAUCUACUUCACAAACUAUUGAGGAUGAUGAAGAAGAAAGUUUUUCCUACAUUUAUUUACCUCAUCCUCGUUCAGUUACUUCCAUCUCAUGGAGAUUUAAGGAUAUACAAUCACAACAAAGAGAUGAAUUUACAGCUAAUGUUUUAUUGACAACAUCUAUUGACAAUGUGGUACGUGUAUGGAGUGAAACAAACGAGAAUGAAGACUUGUCAUUUUAUGUUUGUUCUAUCAUUGAAAAGGAAACUCCUUCCAAUGUGCAAUGGUUAAAUACAGCUAAUGAGAGGAGCCCAAAUGAGCUACUUCUACAAUACCUCAGAAAAAAAAGAAAGAAGUCUUAUGAAGGUGAUCACAAGGAUAUAAUUUUAGAGAGUGAGACAAAGAUCAGUUUGGAGACUAAACUUCAAAAAGCAAGUUCUGAUACAGGUCUAUUCGAAUCACAAACAUGGUUAGGAACAGUUCAAUCUGAUGGUACAUUAAUGAUUGAUUUAUUACAAGGAUUGGCCGAUUUUCCAAGAAGAACUCCAAAAACUUCCAUGUGGAUAAAGAUGCCUAAUGCAUUAAAAGGUAUUGAAGAUCCAUUAAAUGUAUCAAUGGUUUACAAAACAGCUGAUGAUUCAAAUCUUGAUUUGGGUUCUACAACUCCAAAAAUUUUAACAAUCUAUGUACAAAGUAGAAAUGGAAUGUUAUCUAGUUGGGAGUUAAACUUGGCUAAACGUCCUCAAUUAGAAUUACUUAAUGUAUUUACAGGACAUAUUGGAGAUGUUAAAAAUAUGGAAUGCCACCCAAGUCUACCAAUAAUGGCAUCAUUAGAUAAGGAUAAUAACCAUCUUGUAGCAUGGCAUAUAAGAGAUACACCAUUUUAUAGCCCUAAAGAUGUUUUGACCAAUAUUCAAGAUUUUCAAAUUAAUGCAACAAAUAUUUCAUGGUUUCCUACUUCUCCUCAUUUGUUUUGCUCAACAAACAAAGGUAUUGAAGUCAUUCACGUAAAAUCAGUCAACCCUCUCACUCACAACCUCUCUAGCAUCUAUGAAUCUACAAUAUUUCCACCUUCACCUUCUUACUAUAAUAUUCAUUCAUUGAAUUUUAUUCUUCCAAAUUCAGAAGAUUUUUCUGAUUGUAUGUUCCUCAAAGUUUUGCCUUUUGGAACAUCUCCUACUAGUCCAGAAAAAACCUCCUCAAUUGGAGCAUUGGUAGUUGCUAUUGCUUCGAAUUGUAAAACCAUUGGCAUUUUCCAAGUUGAGGCAAAGCAAAAUGAUGUAAAUCAAUUCGAAUGUAAAACCCUUAUCAAACAAAAUCUUGAAAAGAUCGUUUGCAGUGCAGACUGUGUAAAAGGAGUUCCUUUUGUGUAUGAUAUUCAUAAGAGUAAGACAGCUUUAUCAAAUGAAUCCAGUAUUAAGAAGUAUUUUUCUAAUCAAAGAGUGGUAGUUAUUACUCUGGGUAAUAAGGAUGGUACUGUCUCUGUAAUAAGAUUGAAAAAACAGGAAAAUGAAGUCAAAGAGCCUCCGAAACCAAAGAUUGGUGGUCUUCUUGGAAAAUUUACCGCCACUACUUCCAAUUCUAGCUCUUCUACAGCCAGUAUUAAUACAGAUGAGGAAAAACUCAUAUUACAAAAGUGGUUCGAGUUUAGAGCCGAAAAAGAACCAAUUACUACUGUUAGGUGCUGUGAAUUGGUUUCUAGAAUUGCUACUACAACCUCUUCCUCAAGUUGUGUAAAAAUUUGGGAAAAUGAAUCCCAUGUAACAUACACAUUAGAACAAUCUAUCAAUACAGAGAGUGAUUUCGUGCACGAUUUUGAAUGGUUGAGCUAUGGAGACGGUCAGUUUGUUAUUUGUAUUGGAACAGAUUCCAAGAUAUUGUACUACACUCAAUCAAAGAUACCUCCAGGAAUAAUCAAACAACAAAAACAAUACUGGAAAAAGGUUACACAAUUUAUGCCUUCAGUUAAAGGUCAUCCAUGUUCCAAAAUUACAGUUACAAAGGAUAAGGCUAUUAUCGCCUCUUUUGGUUCAUCUUUGCAUGUGUACACAAAGACUCAACAAAAUGAUGAUUCUCUUGCUCUAAUGUCUCUUUUCAAAUUGGCAUCUGAACCAACUCUUAAUACAGAAUCCUUACUUACGCACAGAAGACUAGUAGACUAUCACCCAAAUUUCCUUUUAGAAUUACUUAUGGAUGGAAGAUUUAGUAUAAUCAAGACAAUUAUACAUCAUUUAGUUAAGCAUUUGAAGAUUUAUGAAGAUUUGGUUGAAAAGAAGAAGAAUGAUAAAAUUGAAGAAUAUCUAAAUAAGGACAAGGACUAUUCUCACCUAUUGGAAAUUCCAUCAAUUAAAGUGACCUCUCUCUUAAAGGAAGAAUCAAAGAAGACAGAACCUGUUGUACAAAAGAGAAGAACACUCCUUGACAAGUUCACAAAUAUUGACGAAGAAAUAGCCAAAGAAGAAAACCAAAAGAAGGAAACCCCGACAGAAACUGAAGAAGAAGAAAUUAACAUUUAUUCCGAUGUCCAUUAUUUAAACUCUCUCCUUUCUAAAAGUAGUAUUCACUUACCUGGCAUUUCAAAGAUAGAGCAAAUGAACUUACAGGCUGUAGUUGACACUUUUAUUGAGCUUCAAAGAAAUCCUGAAGCCUUAGAUCCAGCUGGUAUCAGAUAUCUUGUGACAGUCAAGUAUUUACAGUUUCUAUACGAUAAAAGAAAACCCGAAAUGAGGGAUUCUUCAAAAUCAUCAACGGAGCAUGAUAAUUUAUUAAUAGAAAAGGUAAACAGUUCAAUGAUAGCUUGGGCUUUACUUUCUGAAACACAGGAUUCAUUAUGGCGUAUGAUUUGCCCAGAAGAAGAGGAUAUUUGUUGGAAACUUGUAGAACAGUUGGGUGUUUGUUACUGGAUGAAUAAUAAUUCUUUGAGAAAGGUUGCUGAACGACUUGCAACAGAAAUUUAUAAGGAAACAAAUGAUCCUACCAAAUGUGCUUUGUAUUAUAUGGCUAUUAAGAAGAAAGGAGCAUUGGCUAGACUUUUCAAACUCAAAGGUAAUGAGAAGGUUGCUGAAUUCUUAAAUAAGGAUUUCACAGAUGAAAAAUGUAGAGUAGCAGCAUCUAAGAAUGCCUAUACUUUACUUAGUAGACAGGAUUAUUACUAUGCUGCCGCAUAUUUUUUACUUGCUGAUAAUCCUAAAGACGCUAUCAGUAUUCUCAUCAAAAGCGCCAAAGAAUACGAUUUAGCUUUCUUCAUUGCUCGUCUAUAUUGUGGUGAUGAUAGUAAUUUCUGUAAGAACAUGUUGGAAAAUGAACUCUAUCAACGAUACACUGAAAGCAAGGAUGUAUGGAUGCAAGGUGUUAUUUUGUGGACACUGAAAAAGUAUGAAACAUCCAUUGAAACACUCAUCAAGAGAGGAGAGGAGAAUGAAGCUUUUGAUCCUUCUCUUUUUGCAUUCUGUAUUAAGGUAGAUUCCAAGCCACACUUGAAUUCAUCAGAUCUUGUUGCAAAGCAUGCUCUUCCAAUAUUAUUAAGAACUGCUCAUUAUUAUAGCCAAGUUGGACUUUACACACUUUGUUUAGAACAUUUAUUGAAACUUAAAAAUAUGGAACAAUAUACUUCUAAAAGAAAGUUGAAUACUUCAACUGGACAAAAUGAUUUAAUGUCUGGUCAAAUCAAUAUGGGAGCCUUUGGGACACCUAAAACUACACCUAGUACUUCAGGAAAUUUGACAAGUGGAACUUUGGGAGGGUUUGGCGGAAUGAGUAGUAUGGGAAUGGGUAUGAAUAGCUCUAUGACAUCUGGCAACUUAUCUAGCGGUACCUUGGGUGGAUUUGGUGGAAUGAGUGGUAUGGGAAUGAGUAAUUCCAUGGCUUCUGGAAAUUUGUCUAGUGGAACUUUAAGUGGAUUUGGUGGAAUGAGUGGUAUGGGAAUGGGUAAUUCAAUGAGUAAGACUUCUUCCAUUAACUCGGGCAAUCUUGCAAGUGGAACUUUAAGUGGGUUUGGUAUGGGCAGUAUGGGAAUGGGUAAUUCCAUGGCUUCUGGAAAUCUAUCUAGUGGAACUCUGAGUGGAUUUGGUGGAAUGAACAAUAUGGGAAUGAGUAACUCCAUGAGAGGAUCAGGCACAUCAGGAAAUCUUGCAAGUGGAACUUUGAGUGGGUUUGGUGGAAUGAGUGGUAUGGGAAUGGGUAACACUAAACAACAGCAAUUGAACUCUUCCACUAUUUCCAUUGAGGAUGCUAAAGAACAAACUGAUCUUACUGAACUUCUCAAAUUCAAAACAGCCCUCACAAUCAUUUCUCAAGAACUUUAUGAUUGUUGUUAUCGUACCAAUUCAAAUUACCACAGUGACUGGGACAAGAAUCAUAAGAAGAUAAUGACAGAUAUUGAUGAGCUUGUUGAAAAAUUGGAUAUUGACAAACAAAUGCUAAUCAAAAAGCUCAAAGUGUUCACAAGAGUCAAUGGAUUAUUAGCAGCAAGGUGUUUACUUUGCUCCAAGCCAAGUUCAAUUCUUAGAAUUUUGGAAUCUUUUGUUUAUCAAGUUGAAAACACACUUUCUCUUGUAAUCAAGAAUCAAUUAAGAAAAUCACAAGUUAACGUUUUAGAAGGAUUACUAAAGGAAUAUGUCCAUUGUUACAGUAGAAUGAAGAGCAAUAAGGUAAUCAUUACCGAACACCAACAAUCAGAUCUCUCAUCAACUCUUUUAACAAUGAUGUUUGUAAUUUUAUACUUUAACCGUGAUUUUGAGGGGCUUUUCACACUUUUUACUCUUCAUCAAGAUUUUGAUAAAAAGGAAAGAGAUUCGUUGUCCUCUCGUCCAAGCUUUGAAGGAAAAGAAGUAUUUGACAAGUUUUAUCAUUUACUUUUCGAUAGAAUGGCCAUGUUCCACAAAAAAUUCAAGAAAAAGAUGUUGGAUAAUAAGAUAAACAAGGCAAUGCAAGAGGAAAUUGACCAAGAAGAGAAAAGAAAGAAAAAAGCUCCUGUCAAUAAGACAUCCGGUUUGAUCAUUAACAAAGAAGAAGCUGAGAAGAAGAAAGACUAUUACAAAAAUCUUCUCGAAAACUAUCACAACAAGACCACAAAAUCUGGAAGUGAUAGAAACGAGGAUGUUGAAAGAAUUGAAAAGCAAUUUCAUUGGGAAAUGUUUGAUGCAUUUGUAGUGUUCAAGUUUACAACAACUCUAAAGGAUUUUAUUGAACAUGCCUAUGAUGAAACCUACUCUGGAUUUGUCAAACAAUCCCAAAAGAAGAGGGAUGAUAUCAAUAAGCAACAAUAUUCACUCUGUGCACAAACUGCUCUUUCAUGUUCUGCAUUGUGGUGCUCCCAUUUAGAAAGACGACUUCAAUAUAGAGAAAUGGAAGUAUACACUGUCUCUGAGCAUGGGGCUCCUAAUUUGAAAGAUGUAAACGCACUCUCAACAAGAAAUAAUUUAUCAAGCAUGGUAGAAACCCUUUCUCAUGGAUCAAAGAAAAUGCAUCAACGUACUCAAUCGUCAAAGGAUCAUUUCCACUCAUUGGCACAUGCUCUACCAGAGUUGGGAUUGGAACAAGUUGGAGGACAACAAAAUCUUCUCUUGUCUUGUAUUAGUGAUCAUUGGUUAGAGGAUGAAAAGAUUUUCGAUACUUUCAAGUCUGAUCCAACUUCCCAACAAUUAUGGAGCUACUUGAUGGAUUUAUCAUCUAAACCAAAACCAAAUAUUAGCAGUUCCGUAAGCGUCAAUAGUAGUCUAGCAAAAUUUGCUAGUGGUGAGAACACUACCGAAACUUCCUCCGACUUCUCAAAGACAGAAUCAGAUGAAGUUUUGAAAUUCUCUGCAGAUAUUGAAAUUGUCAAAUGUAAAGAAUUGAUCAAAUCUUUCUGUGUAGACUCCAAUAACCCAAGCUAUUUGGCAUAUGCAUCUGGCAAAUGUAUUAGAGAGAUUAAUAUUGAACAUUCUAUUAGAUACAGAAAGAGAAAUCCUUCACUUGACAAACUUUUAGAUGAGGAAGCCAAUACUUGGGAUCAAUCAUUCCACCGAUUUGAUGAAAUUGCUGCCAAGGAUGUAAAUAAUACCAAGUUUGUACAGCAGUCCUCUUCUAUUGCUAAAGUUCCAAGCAUUUCAAACUUUAACGUUUUUGACUUCCUAGAUACGGUAAAUGAUGAUGAAGCCAUGUCCAACAAGAAUUUGAAAAAGUUUAUUGGUUUCUCCAAUCCAAUGUCUUCUGUCGAUUCAAGCAAUUCUUAUAUGAACAAGCUUAAACAAAGAUUUUCUGUUGGUAAAAGACCUUCCUUCACGACUACAACUCCAUCUGCAUCUCAUUUUAGAAGACAAUCAAAUGUUCCUCCAUCUAAACAACCAGUCAAAAAAGUUGGAAAAAUUGACAGAAAUCAAACAGCCAACGUUUUAGUAUCUCAUCCAUUUUUACCUUUCUAUAUAUCUGGAGGUGCAGAUGGUUCUGUAUUCAUGUGGCAAUAUGGAUUCCAAUAUGCUUUGAGAACUUAUAGAGAACCUGGUACAUCACCAAUUACUAACAUUCGUUUCUCCAGAUUUGGAUACAAAUUUGGUGUCACAGAUACAUCAGGUUAUCUUACAUUAUGGAGAUUUGAAGCAUCCAAGGAAAGUCUACAUUACUUUUAUCAUUUACAUUGUCAUGGCACUAAGGUAAAUGAUUUUUCAUUUUUAGAGUCAGGCAGUUUGAUUGCAACUAUUGGACAAUCACAAAAGGGAGGCGAAUUGUGUAUUUGGGAUUUAUUCUUGCCAAAUCAAGAUGCUAAAAUGUUCUAUUACUUAUUCCCUAACAAUGAUGAACCAAUUGCCCUUCGCUAUUCUUACAAGUAUAAACUAUUACUUGUUGGUACCAAGAAGGGAGAUAUUUACAUCUUUGAUGCAGAAGAUGGAAGUUAUGGUUUUUUACAAAAGACCUCCACUCAACAUGACAGUAUUCAAGUUUUAAAUAUUGAUGUUACAGAAGAUUUCUUUGUUACUGGUUGCUCCAAUGGUCACAUAACUGUUUGGGAUAUGAAGAAUUUAAAGAAACAAUUAUACUUUUAUCCAGACACUCACCCAAAGAAGAAACUUUUCACUCAAGAAGGUGUUACAUGGUCUGAGAUAAGCACUCAAUUUUUCUAUACAUCUGGUGGAGAUGGAAGAAUUAUUAGAAAGACAAUUGUUUAAAUUAUCAAUUUCAUUUAGCUUACUUUUAAAUUAAUAAAUAAUUAUAAUUUUUUACU